AGUUAACGAGUCAAGGAAAGCAAAACUGAAGCCGUGUGUGAGAGAGAAAAGAAAAGAGACCAAUAUGAAACACACACCGACCACUGUGUGACAUUUUUCAGACCCUCUUUCAACGUUGUCAAUCUCUCUCUAUUGGAUUCAGCUCUUCAAAUUAGGUUCCAGUCCUCAAACCUCAGAAUCUCAGCUCAGGUAUAAAGCAUCACUAUCUAAGUUUUCUGUAAGCUACAAUGAGCAAUCUCAAGCUAGGCGUGGAAGUUGUGGAUGCUCAUGACCUUAUCCCCAAAGAUGGGCAGGGCUCAUCUAGUGCUUUUGUGGAACUUCACUUUGAUGGUCAGAAAUUUCGAACAACUACCAAAGAGAAAGAUCUGAAUCCUGUUUGGAAUGAGAAAUUUUUCUUCAAUGUUACUGAUCAAAACAAAUUACCAAUCCUCACUCUUGAUGCCUAUGUCUACCACUAUGACAAAAACAAUGGUCCCAAAGUCUUCCUUGGUAAGGUCCGUCUCACGGGAACCUCAUUUGUCCCUUAUUCUGAUGCUGUUGUUUUGCACUACCCUCUCGAGAAGAAAUUCGUUUUGUCCCGCAUAAAAGGAGAUCUUGGAUUGAAGGUAUUUGUUACAGAUGAUCCUUCAAUAAAAUCCCCAAGCCAUCCUCCUGCUGUGGAACCCUCGAUGGAUACUGAUCAGCACUCAACACAAGACCAAUCACCGGUAUCAUUUACAAGUUCAAUCCUAAAUGUCUUUUCUCGUAAGAAGGAUGCGUCAAGGCAGACAUUCCAUAGCAUUUCUAAUUCAAAUCAAGAAGAAAAACAUAAAUCUUCUCCUCCAGCAGAUGCAAAGACUACUUCAAACCAUGGAAUGCAUGAGAUGAAAUCUGGACAGCCUCCCCCUAGAGUUUUACGGCCAUAUGCAGGUUCAUCCUCUCCAAUUGAUUAUGCACUCAAAGAGACAAGCCCUUUUCUUGGAGGGGGACAAGUAGUUGGUGGGCGAGUAAUACGUGGGAACAGGACAGUGAGCACCUACGACCUGGUUGAACCAAUGCACUACCUUUAUGUACGAGUUGUAAGAGCUCGUGACCUUUCAUCAAAAGGGAGCCUUGAUCCAUAUGUGGAGGUAAAGGUUGGAAACUUCAAAGGAACCACCAAGCACUUUGAGAAUACUCAAGAACCUGAGUGGAAUGAGGUGUUUGCCUUUGCAAGGGACAAUAUGCAGUCAACAAAGCUUGAAGUUGUGGUCAGAGACAAAGGUAUGUUACUGGAUGAAAAUGUUGGAACUGUCAGGUUUGAUCUCCAUGAGGUUCCUACAAGGGUUCCACCCAAUAGUCCAUUGGCUCCUGAAUGGUAUAGGUUUGACAAGAGUGGGAACAAGAAGAAAGGGGAGUUGAUGCUUGCUGUAUGGUUUGGCACACAGGCUGAUGAAGCUUUUCCUGAUGCUUGGCAUUCUGAUACACUCUUUACUGGUGAAAGCUCUUCAUUUGCCUAUGCUCAGAUGCGAUCAAAAGUUUACCAUUCACCAAGGUUAUGGUAUGUACGGGUUAGAGUGAUUGAGGCGCAGGACUUACUUGCAUCAGAGAAUUCCAAAAUCCCAGAUGCCUAUGUUAAGGUACAGAUUGGUAGCCAGAUCUUGAAAACAAAGCCAGUUCAAUCAAGGACCAUGAACGUGCGUUGGGAUCAGGAGCUGAUGUUUGUUGCUGCUGAACCCUUUGAAGAACAUUUGGUCCUUUCAGUUGAAAAUCGUAUUGGUCCCAACAAGGAUGAGACUAUGGGAGUAGUUGCCAUUCCUUUGACCCAAGUUGACAAGCGUGCUGAUGAUAGAAUUAUGCGUACUAGGUGGUAUAACCUUGAAGAAUCCAUGUCAUCUGCGAUGGAUGGGGAACAAGAGAAAAAGAAGGAAAAAGAUAAAUUUUUUAGUAGACUUCACCUCAGUGUCUGUCUUGAUGGUGGGUACCAUGUUUUUGAUGAGUCAACUAAUUAUAGUAGUGAUCUUAGACCCACAUCAAGGCAGCUCUGGAAGAAGCCAAUUGGUAUCUUAGAACUCGGGAUUCUAAGUGUUGAUGGACUUCAUCCAAUGAAAAGCAAGGAGGGAAGGGGGACAUCAGAUGCAUACUGUGUGGCAAAAUAUGGGCAAAAGUGGAUUCGUACUCGAACUAUCAGUGACAGUCCAAGCCCAAAAUACAAUGAGCAGUACACUUGGGAAGUUUUUGAUCCAGCUACAGUUCUCACUGUGGGGGUGUUUGACAACGGGCAGCUUACUAGCCCAGAUGGUAGCAAGGAUUCAGUAAUUGGUAAAGUUCGGAUCCGAAUCUCCACCUUGGAAGUUGGCCGAGUUUACACAAACUACUACCCGUUACUAAUGCUUCAUCCUUCUGGUGUCAAAAAGAUGGGAGAGCUGCACCUGGCCAUUAGAUUCUCCUGUUACUCAAUGGUUGACUUGAUGAACUUGUAUUUCAAGCCUCCCUUGCCGAAAAUGCACUACAAAAGGCCACUUGACGUAAUGGAACAAGAUAAGCUGCGACACCAGGCUGUCAAUGUUGUUGCUGCUCGUCUUAGCAGGGCAGAACCCCCACUUAGAAAGGAGGUAAUUGAGUACAUGUCUGACACAAAUUUCCAUCUAUGGAGCAUGAGACGAAGCAAGGCAAACUUCUACCGUCUGAUGACGGUGGUUUCCGGAAUCCUUUCAGCCGGGCGAUGGCUUGGGGAUGUUUCCACAUGGAAGCAUCCUGUCACCACUGUGCUCGUGCACAUUCUUUUUGUGAUGCUUGUGUGUCUCCCUGAGCUCAUUCUGCCAACCAUAUUUCUGUACAUUCUUGUGAUUGGGAUGUGGAACUGGAGGUUCCGCCCGAGAUGCCCUCCUCACAUGAACACCAAGCUCUCUUAUGCAGAUGGUGUGAGCCCGGACGAGCUUGAUGAGGAAUUCGACACCUUUCCUACCUCAAAGAGCCCCGACGUCGUGCGUUGGAGGUAUGACAGGAUGAGAAGUGUGGCUGGAAGGAUUCAGAGUGUUGUUGGAGACAUGGCCACUCAAGGAGAGAGGAUGCAAGCACUGGUGAGCUGGCGUGAUCCUCGUGCCUCUGCGAUGUUCAUGUUGUUCUGCUUUGUGGCUGCUAUUGUGUUGUAUAUGACACCCCUUCAGCUUCCUAUUCUCCUAGCUGGAUUCUACUCCAUGAGGCACCCAAUGUUUAGGAGUAAGGUACCAGCAGCACCAGUUAACUUCUUCCGCAGGUUGCCUUCCCUCACAGAUAGCAUGCUGUAAAUGCCUAAAUUGACUUCUUGUGUGUUCUUGAACAUUUAUCUGAUGCCAGUGCUUCUUUCUGGCACUAAGUUUGAUUCUGGUGCAGAUGAAUAUGCUACAUGGUAAUCUAUGGUAAACUGUAGUGUAGUUUUUUUUGUUUACCAGCAUUUCAUUUGAUGCCUGUAGUGUACUGGAACCAUGCGCGCAUAGAAAAUUAGAAACUAGUUGCAUGGACUUGGAUAAUGACUAUUAGCGAAAAUUCAGCUGAAUGUUUCAUAUAAAACUUCCCUUGAUUGUGAGACAA